AUGGCCAACGUGGCCAUUCAACCACCGAGAAGACUGUUCUCGUCGGCUUCGCUUGUCCGGACCAUGCUGCAAGACGCAGACCAGAGAACAAACCAUCAUCGGAGCAGAAACCUACUGGUAGCCGUCACUGGCAUGACUCUGGCUAUUCUAGCGGUGGCUACGGUUCCAAUUCAGGUCGGCGUUGAGAUCAAUGAUGCAUGCGUCAACAUUUAUUGA